GAGGGGAAACGGAAGGACUAAAUCCAGGAUAAACGGGUGAGAAAACACCUCUCACCGACGACAGUCAGGUCAAAUAAUUCGUAUUUUUAAAUUCUCAGGGUGAGCGGGGUCAAAGUUCACUCGUGCGUGUCCCUCAUGAGAGACUUAACAGGUUUCAGUCAGUCAGUCCGUGGAGGAAUAACAAGAUCUCAUGACGAUAGAACGAUGACAAAACAAGACAUACAGCAACGUCUUUUGUGUUAAUGGCUGAAAUUAAGAUUACACUGGGCAAAAAUAAUGGUAGUUUUACAUCCGUCCUCCAAAUCCUGAUGCUGUAAAGGGGUUAAUAAAAUAAUAUAAAAUAAAAUAAACAUAUUCCACUCCACCGGUCCUGGGGUGGGUGGACCACUAGUAUGGACCCCUGGCAAAAUCUGGUGUCCAGAUGUUCGGCAUGGUGGCAGAUGCAUACACCGCAUGCUCUGAGAGUUUGUGUGUAUGAAGUGUGUAAACCUCUGGUGCCACUUCUGCUGGUCAUCGCAGCCCUGGUGGCUGUGAUUGUGUAUGCUCUGGCAGAUAAACUACACAGUUUUGUAAGCAGGAUCUUCCUUCCCCAGUAUCACUAUCCUUAUGCGGUGCCACUUGCAUUCAUACAGGUAUUUUUAAAUCUCCUGGCACUGCUAGCUUUGCACGGUGUGGGGCUGAUCCACCUGAAGCCUUUUUCACUGAGGCUGGGUGAGCGUUUGUUUGUGCCGGCGGUCUGUGGGAGCGUCCAGUGCGUUCUGGCCAUAUGGGCUGAAGCCUAUUCCCACUCUGGCCUGUUCCCGCUAAUCGCCCGUUUCCUCCCAAUGGUCAGUGUGAGCUUGGGUCACCUGUUUGCACUGAGUAUGCCAGGCUCCAUCCAUGUCUCCUGCUUUCUGACUGUGCUCACUUUUGCCUCAGUCACCAUCACAGCAUGUAAAGGACUUCAUGCAAUGGAGCCGCUGGAGUAUGUCUUCUCUCCCCUCAGCCUUGUCCUCCACAGCCUCUCUCUUGCCUGGCUAGCCAAAGUCUCCCAAACGGAGCGAGGCCAUACCUCGACCUUUGACCUUUACUACACUCUGACAGUGACACGUACCCUCUUAUUAGGGUUUCUAUGUGUGUUGCACCCUGAUGGACCAAAGGCACUGAUUCUUGGCAACUGGCACAGUCUGCUGUUUCUGGGAUACAUGCUCGGGAUGUUACUGCUGGGUGCUGUGCAGCUUCUCUUUGUGGAUUUAACAGCACUGUAUUUUUCUGCUCUCCCAGCAGCCGUGCUGCAUGCGACCAGAGGGCUGGUUCUACCCCUGUUCAGUCUGCUAUAGGACACAUAAACCAAUCGGAGUGUAGAUCAUUCUGAAGAGGAACAGUUUAUGUAGAAUAACCAAUCAAAUACCUGAUACCAUGAUUGAUAAAAACAGUAUUAGAACUUAAUUUAUAUAGGCAUGACAGCCUCAUAUUCACAUGCUAAUUAUAAUUAAUUAAUCAGGUAAUACUACCAGCAAGCACUGAUGUGCGACUCCUUUCUUCGCUUGCACUGAAAGUACAACACAACUAAGACACACAUCCUGCAAAUGGGGUGUUUUCAUGAAGGCGCUGAUACUUCAGUUCUGAAUUAAAUUAUAAAGGUAAAAUACAGGUUUCUCUGACAAGCUUUUUCGUAAACACUGUAUUAUUUUUCUAUGUAUCAGCUGGAUGUUCUGAGAAAGAAUUAUAAUAUAAAAUUAUUUUUUUUUUUCUUUUUGCAUAAAGAAGUGGAAGCCUUUUUGGGACCAUUACAGCAAUGAAAAAUUGUUAUGGUUGUCUAUUAAAAAUCAGACAGGAAUAUAUUCAUCUAUAGUUAAAAUUACAAACUAAAAAAUAAAACAUACGAGUGCCUUACAGUAAUGAGAAUGUAGAAUGUGCUUAAGUGUCAUAAAAAUAAUCCAAAAUGCAAAAAUAACCAACCUUAAAGGUCCUAAAAUUGCCUAAUUUUUUAUGCAAAAUAUAUAUUUUUGAGGGUGAAAUAUGAUCUAAGCAUGUUCUUGACAAGCUUUGUGAAAUUUACCCAAGUAUGUCAUUCACUUUAAAAUAACCUUACAUAGACCAGAGGAGCCUUCCACUGGUAAAAUGCAUGGUUUGUAGAAAUCACAGCUAUAAACUGCAAUACAAGAAUUUAACUUUAUUACAGUAGUGAUAUACUGUUCAAAAAGAAAACCUGUGACUCAUGUUCUUAUGUAGCUCCUAAUAUACAGUACAACUACAGUAUUAUUGUUAAUGUUUGGAGCAAAUAAAACAUAUUGAUGAGGCUUUCUCAUGACUAAACCAAA